GCAUGUAAACUCAUGAGAUCUACUUUGAGCAUAUUACUGCUGGUCUUUGAGUGUGCUCUUACUCCUGCCAGAUACGAGUAAUAUUUUGAGGUAUUUACGUCUACUCACGAUUUCAUGUGACAGACUCGCAUGUUUUGGAGUCGUCGAUGCCUCGAAUGACGGAGCAGUGACGAAUGGCAGGCUCUGAGUGUAUUCGCCUCUCACGUGAAAGCACAACGGAAGACCACAUUCAGCCACAGUUGGCCUUCUGCAGGGUGAAGGUGACUCGCCUAGCCGCUGAGGGGAGAGCUGCAGAGAGGGAGCUGCGAGAAGCCAUCCGCUACUCGCACUCAUCCUGCAGGCUGAACAUUUUAGACCCUGCAGGAACAUCGACAAGAGCCUCCACCUCGGCUGCGACCUCGGGGUAUAUUAUAGAUAGGCUGUCCGCUGGGUUUUAUCAGUGGCUGUGUAUGCAUGUGUUCUGCUCCGAACGGGCGCAAGAACCGCCCCAGAUCCGCAGCGAACAUUUUUCAGCUCAGCAAACCACUGCAGAGGGACCCGGAACGCCGGGAGAGCACGGAGAGCACGCGGAAAGCCCAGCGGGCCGUAGGCGAAUGUAGGAUGACAGUCCAAGAUUUCAACACUCUCGUGGCGCUGUACCGAGAACAGGUCAUCACUAUUGGGGAGAUUUCGGCCGAUUGUCCCUCUUUACGGGCGGUGCUGCACCGCACCAGGACCAAAGGAUGUACCAUGGCCCAAGCUGCCCAUCAGAACCUCACCGUGAUAUCUGGGCCAGAGGAUGGGGAGAUCCACCCAGAGAUCUGCCGGCUCUUCAUUCAGCUGCAGUGCUGCCUGGAGAUGUUCAUCACGGAGAUGCUCAAGUCCAUGUGUCUACUGGGAGUGCUGCAGCUCCACAGGAAAGGAAAAGAUUCAUACCCAGAGCCCAGGUUGGACUACAAGAUGGAUGAGAGCUCUGAUGUGCCCAUUCUGGAGGAGCACUCCUCCUCACCUGUAGACUACCAACAUGAGUCCUGGCUGGUGUGCACCGAUAUUGAAAACAUAGAGAGGGACAUGCGAGAGAUGAGAAACCUACUAAGCAAACUCAGGGAGACCAUGCCGUUACCACUGAAAAACCAAGAUGACAGCAGUCUGCUGAAUCUCACUCCAUACCCGCUGGUCAGGCAGAGGAAGAGGCGCUUCUCUGGGUUCUGCUGCCUGGUGUCCAGCUGAGUGCCUGAUAGGGCCUGCAGGCAGCAGCAAGGGGAACACACCAACCCUACCCAACACCUUACAUGUUUUCCAACUUAUUACUGCCAUUUAGGAAAGGAUCUUUGUUUUAUCUUAAGCUGAUCAGUCACUUUACUUUUGAAUAUGAUUCGCUGUAGAAAAAGCUAUUGAAAGGAUAAUGAUGUUAUUUUGCUAUUAUGUUAUUCAAGCCAGCUCCCUUUGUAGAAAAUGAGAACCUUUAUAGGUCUAUAGGCGAGCCCUAACAGAUGUGCCAAGCUGAUGACAUAAGAGAUUCAGUAUGUUGGUAGACGGCUUCGCCUAAACUUUGCCUUCAGACAUCUUCCUCAGAAUGUCAUUAUAUUUAUUUCACUGUGCAAUGCUUCUUUUGCAGUCUUCCAUGAAAAGGAAACCGGUCUCCAACGUACAUUUUCCAUCAGAAGGGCUUUGCAAUGUUACUUAUAAAAGCCAUUUGUCAUUGAAUGUAAAUCAAAUAUAUAAACAAUGGUCAAAAUU